UGUUCCUCUCUCUCUCUCUCUGGCGAUUCCAGAUCUGGAUCUAGGGUUUUUUUCCAAGGCGAUUCUCAUUAACAUCAGAUCGAUAAACAAAUCUCAAUGCAUUCUCCAUUCAGAUCUAGCCUUUCACCGGAGACUUGGAGACCCCAAUUGCAGCCACCACCACCGCUCGGAACAACCACCACCGAACUAGCAAAUGAUGAGGGUGCAAGAAUAGCAGACUAUUUUGAUGUAAUUGCUGGGACAAGCACCGGUGGUCUCAUAAAUGCCAUGUUAACGGCUCCAAAUGAAAACAAGCGACCUUUGUUUUCGACUAAAGAAAUCAAAGACUUCUACGGUUCUACCAUCGAAAGAGCCACAAGAUCUUUCAUCAAGAUUGUUAUUUGUGUUCCUCCUUUUCAAGACUGGUUUCUAAUGGUGGAUGAGCUUGUUGUUUCUGAUGGUGGAUGCUUGCAGGUUGCCACAAGAGACUGCUCAUCGUUCAUACCAUAGAGUUCAGUGAUGGGGGUUUAGAUAUCCAGAUCUUGAGGAUUGCUGUUUACAAAGAGCAAUGGGUUUUGGGGGAUGGCGGAUGGAGUGAACAAGAAGCUGCUAUACUGGUUCCUGGAGAUAUCAUCAGUAUCAAACUUGGUGAUAUCGUUCCUGCUGAUGCGCGUCUUCUUGAAGGUGAUCCCUUAAAGAUCGACCAAUCUGUGCUUACGGGAGAAUCUCUACUGGUCCCCAAGAACCCAUACGAUGAAGUGUUCUCCGGUUUAACUUGCAAGCAAGGUGAACUUGAAGCCGUUGUCAUCGCUACUGGUGUCCACACCUUUUUCGGAAAGGCUACACAUCUCGUGGACAGCACAAACCAAGGGGGACACUUCCAAAAAGUUCUAACCGCAAUCGGAAACUUAUGUGUCUGCUCCAUUGCUGUUGGAAUGGCUGUUGAGAUUAUCGUUAUGUACCCGAUCCAACAUAGAGAGUACAGAGGGAUUGACAAUCUUUUGGUGUUGCUUACCGGUGGAAUUCCGAUUGCUAUGCCUACGGUUCUUUCGGUCACUAUGGCUAUCAGAUCACACAGGCUUUCGCAGCAGGGUGCGAUCACUAAACGAAUGACUGCUAUUGAAGAAAUGGCAGGAAUGGAUGUUCUUUGCAGUGAUAAAACCGGAACUUUGACGCUAAACAAGCUUACGGUUGAUAAGAAUUUGAUCGAGCUAACUAAGUUCUGCGAAAUAAUUGUUAAUUUCAUACAAAAAAUUGUGUUUUGAUUCUUGUCAGAGUAAUUAUUUGUUUGGUUUAUUAUUAAUCAGACUUCCUUCCUGCAAAAACAGAGUUUGUUUUUGAACCUUGGUGGAAAUGUUAAAGAUAAGAGACUGUUAUAA